UUGUUCGGCAGAGUUCGGCUUUGGGUGCAGCCGCUUUGUGAAUUUGUUUUUGUUUUAAUUAAAGUAAUAGUGAGUGAUAACGGUGUAACACUUUUUGUAAAAUGAUCUAACCACCGUGCAAUGUCUUUUACACAGCGUGAUUGCGUGCAGUGUUUGUGAAAACCAGUCGCUUCCGCCAUGACGAUGGCUCUCUUGAUCGGGAAGUAUUCCAUGAUUCCUGUAUACGUUUUGUGUAUCGCGCUCUGCUAUCCUGUUUCGGGUGAGCCCGACCCAGUCCGCAUACAGAACGUAACAGCCACGGGGGAGUACGGAAAAGAUGCCGUCCUCACGUGUCUCAUUAGCAAGCUGGAGAAUCCGAACGUCCAAUGGAUGAUCGAAGGGAAAACUGAGCCCAUAAACUAUGAGGAAGGGACUGAAGCAACAACUCCUACAGUUCCUGUUACAGGAACCGCAACAGUAAAAUACACAACCGAGAUCAGAAACCAGUCUUACAUCCUGAAAAUCGCGAACGCCACAGAAGAUGACGCCAGGAACUAUACUUGCGUGGUGCAAGGGGAAGCCAGGACUGAAUACUUGAAUCUAAGCUUCCCUGGGAAACCAGUGUCUAUGAAAUCUGAUCCUAAGGCGGACUCUAAUAGCAUUGUGCAGUUCAACUUGCCAGCGGACAAGAAUAAGACCCUGACGCUGACAUGCGAGUUUGAGGUUUACGAUCAAACCGAGAUCGAAUGGGUACUACAACGAUACAACGAAGAAGACAUCCCUCUAAACGGAACUACGACGAAAAACAUGAAAAAACUCACCGGCACAUACAGUACACAGAUAUCUAAAGAAUCAUUCGACAUCCAGAAUGGCACGCAUAUAUGUAGAGUUUGGGAUUCACAUGGAUACAAAAAUCUAACCAGCAAAAUACAUGUUAAAAUUGUUGCUCAUCCCGUAGUCGCAAUAACAUUCGCUAAACCUGUUAGCUCCUCAGCGAUAUACUUAAACUGGACAGUAAAACAAUACAAUUCCGACAUUAAAAGAUACGAAUUGAGAUACAAAAACACUACGGAGACCGACUACCACUUCAGUCCGACUUCUAUCAAUAAAACAGCAAAUUUCUAUGUCCUCGGUGGAUUAGCGAAAAACACCACGUACGAGUUAAAACUUAAAGUAGAGACUGGUGCUGGAAGCAAUCACGAUGAGGUCUCGAAUCUGACCACAUUGCCGAAAGACCCUGACUUCGUCCCGAAUAUUUCUAUCAAUGGAUUCACAGCACGUUCCAUGACUAUUGGGCUUAGUGCCCCGCCUAGUGACAUAGCCGAGUACGUACAUUAUUAUCAGCUGGAGGUGUGGAAGAAGAUUGACAAGAAUAACACAACGGAGAACGCGGUUCAUAUUAGAGACGACAGGAAUCUGCCCUACAUGUUUAACAACCUCGAUCCGCACACAACCUACGUUUUUAGGGCGAAGGCAUGUUUCGAAUAUGGCGGCAACUACAACUGCUGCGGAAACUGGUCUAAAGAAAUGGAGGCAUUAACUAUGGACGGGAUACCCAACGAGCCGAACAAUUCUGUUAUACAUUGUGGGUUCUCGGUGGAGCAGGGGUACUACAUGAAUCUGACGUGGGAGCAACCGACCAAGCCCAAUGCUGAGAUCAAAGGAUAUAUGAUGGAGGUGACAGGCAACGCGACUUAUAUCGACCGGUUCGGCAAGUGGAAGAUGGAUACGUUCGGACCGCUCACCAAAUUGUUCACCAACGAAACGUUUCUUGCCAGGGUUCCAGACUUGAAACCUAACAUGAACUACACUGUUCGACUGAUGGCGAUGACGCGGUCCCGUCGUCGAGGACAGGAGAAGGUGGACUACUGCACCACGGGCCGCGGGCCGCCCGACUUCCCGCCGCGGCCGAGCUGGCGCAAGGUAACAUUAGAUCCCGACGCGGUAGCCCCUGUCACCGUAGCGCGACUGACGGCGAUGACGCGGUCCCGUCGUCGAGGACAGGAGAAGGUGGACUACUGCACCACGGGCCGCGGGCCGCCCGACUUCCCGCCGCGGCCGAGCUGGCGCAAGGUUGAAGAGAAAAAGGGGGAUACUUCUGAAUAUUCGCUCAGAGUACGAGUUCCUCGUAUUGCCGAGCGAAACGGACCUAUUUGCUGCUACAGGGUGUACCUCGUGCGUCUACCUAAAGGCAAGGGCUGGAUCUCCACCAACCCCCAGGACCUGCCCGUCAUCACGUGGGCCGACGCCCACGCCGCCAACUCCGACUACGAGGAGGGUGCCUACGUCACUGACAUAUUCAACCACGAUUAUUUCCCCAAAGUCGAACUGAUACUUGGGGACAACAUAAGUGAGAACAUAACACGUGAAGAAGACAACAACACAUGCAGUCGCUGCUUCGAGCGGCCACUGAGAAAAGAACCCCCUACGACUGCGAAGAUUGCUAUAGUCACCGCUGAGCCCGAUUAUGACGAGAAGACGACGGAAGCAGCGAAGACUAAGAGAUCGUUGGAUAUCAGAAAAGAACCCCCUACUACUGCGAAGAUUGCUAUAGUCACCGCUGAGCCCGAUUAUGACGAGAAGACGACGGAAGCAGCGAAGACUAAGAGAUCGUUGGAUAUCAGGUUUCAGAUAGAGUUAGGUCUGAAUAUAAAGUGUUUUGAUCGUCUACUGAGAAAAGAACCCCUUACGACUGCGAAGAUUGAUGUAGUCACCGCUGAGCCCGAUUAUGAUGAGAAGACGACGGAAGUAGCGAAGACUAAGAGAUCAUUGGAUAUCAGAGAGGAUCAGUUAAUCACGCCGACAGAUGGGAAAUUGGACCCAUCGGUGAACUAUACGCUCUUCGUUGAGUUAAUACCGGGCACCGACGAUCCAUCUCUGUACAGCAGCUACACUAAUGCACUCAACACGGCCAUACCGCCGCAGAUUAUCGCCGCCAACAACAUGGAGACCGCGCUACAGAUAUGCUGCGGGGUGGCCGCUCUGCUUCUACUGGCCACCAUCAUCUUCUGCGUCGUACACACGCGGCGUGCGCGCAAGCAGCCCCUGCGGCACGCGCAUGUCGAGCUCAACCCUAUACAGGCCGCGCUCAGAUACGUGGUGGGCCACAUCGGCGGGCGCACGCCGCUGGUGUCGGCGCCGCCGCCGGACAUGCCGCCCAUCGCGCUGGAGGACCUCGCCGCCGCCUACGCCGAGCGGCAGGCCGACUCCGACUACGGCUUCCAGAAGGAGUUUGAGCUGCUACAAAUGCUCCCCGAAUGCUACCCGGACCGCACCACGCACGCGUCCGAAGCGCGCGAGAACCAGCCCAAGAACCGCUACCCCGACAUCAAGGCGUACGACCAGACGAGAGUCAAGCUCUCCCAGAUAGAUGGCAUCACUGGCUCCGACUAUAUCAACGCGAACUAUGUCAUGGGAUACAAGGAGCACAAGCAGUUCAUUUGCGCGCAAGGCCCGACAGACACGACCGUCAACGACUUCUGGCGAAUGAUUUGGGAACACGGACUGGAGCUGAUCGUGAUGCUGACCAACUUGGAGGAGUACAGCAAGGUGAAAUGCUCCAAGUACUGGCCGGACGAGGAUCGCGGAUCGCGGGCCUUCGGCGCCAUCACCGUGCAUCACGUCUCCGAGAAACGGUAUUCUGAUUACAUCGUGAGGGAGUUGAAAAUCGUAAAGCAGGCUACGAACUCAGAGGGCCAGCCGAUAGUUGAAAACAACGGCGUUGCCAAGAGAAACGGAGAUUGCAAAGACCCAGAAAGCGGGAGCGCCCCUACAUCGCCACGGGAGGUAAAGGACAACACCCGCGUCGUGCGCCAGUACCACUUCCUCAUGUGGAAGGACUUCGCCGCGCCCGAGCAUCCGCAGUCCAUACUCAAGUUUAUCAAGCGUAUGAACGAAGCCUGGUCGCACCUAAUGGGCCGGCCAGUGGUGGUCCACUGCUCGGCCGGCGUGGGCCGGACGGGCACGCUGGUCGCGCUGGACUGCCUGCUGGAGCAGCUGCGCACCACGCGCCGGGCGGCCGUGUUCACCACCGUCGCCGAGCUGCGCCGCCAGAGGAACUUCCUUGUGCAGUCGCUGAAACAAUACAUAUUCGUGUACCGGGCGCUGGUCGAGUACGCUCACUACGGCGACACGGAGAUCCCAGCGUCGCGGCUCAAGUCCAGCAUCGAUCGCCUGAGGAACACAGCAGAGGGCGCCGACAAGUGCCUCAUGGAACACGAGUUCGAGAAAAUGAUGAACCCGCCAGUAACAGAACCAGUAAAGUCCUGCUCAGCGGGCUCCGUAGAAGAAGCCCGGGCCAAGAAUCGAAGCCCGGAAUACCUACCGUAUGACCGCAACCGCGUCAUACUGGCACCAGCGCCGCCUCUGCACUAUUCCACCUACAUCAACGCGUCGUUCAUUGAAGCAUACGACAAUUCAGAAGGCUUCAUAAUCACGCAAGACCCGCUGCCUAACACCAUCAUGGACUUCUGGCGGAUGGUGUCCGAACACAACGUCUCUACUAUCGUUAUGUUAAGUGAGCUGGGCGAGGGCAAGUGCCCGCGGUACUGGGACGACGGCACAGCGCAAUACGAGCAUAUCUCAGUGCAGUAUGAAGAGAGCGAAUCCUGUCCGUACUACACGAGGCGGCAGUUCCGGGUCACCAAUAACAAGAGCGGCGACGUGUGCGUGGUGCGACAACUGCAGUACCAGGGCUGGCCCACGGCGCCGGGCCACGUGCCCGAGGUGACGCGCGGGCUGGCCGAGCUGGCCGACGCCGCGCGCCAGCAGCCCACGCCCGCCAUGCACGCCGAGCCCGCCAUGCUGCUGCAUUGCCAAUACGGCACAGAACGGUCGGCGCUGUUCGCGGCGCUGUGCAUUCUGAUCGCGCAGCUGCGCAACGAGCGGCGAGUCGACGUGGCCGCCACCGCGCGCAAGGUGCGCUCGCAGCGCGCCGGCACCAUCAAUACUUUCUUACAAUACGAAUUCCUCCACCGUGCCAUACUCAACUACGCGGAGCUGCACAACCUACUAGAAGACAGUUAAACUUUCUUCCCCACGCCGUUAGCGCAAUAAUGGACUUUAUCCCAUGCACGGUAGGCUCAAUUUUACCUGCACACCCCAUGUGGGCAACGACGCUCAAACUUUUGUAA